AUGGCAAAGGCACAAAACGAAGCGUGGGGACUUGGCUACAUCGACUUGUACCUAAUUCACUUCCCGCUUGCCCUCAAGUACAUUGACCCAGAGACUCUGCGUUACCCAGCGUGGUGGAUGGAUGCGGAUCGGUCAAAGAUCGAGCUGGACAGGGUUCCCAUCCAGGAGACGUGGCAGGCACUGGAGUCGAUAGUCGACGACGGCAUCGCAAAGUCCAUGGGCAUCUCCAACGCCCAGGCCCAGACCCUCUGCGACAUCGAGACGUACGCCCGCCACCCGAUCUCGUCGCUGCAGAUCGAGCACCAUCCCUACCUCGUGCAGGAGGAGCUCGUCACGCUGGCGCACGAGAAGCACACCGCCAUCACGGCCUACUCGUCCUUCGUGCCGCAGUCCUUCCUGGAGCUGCCGCCCGCGUUCCACCGGCGCGCAAAGGGCACGCCGCUGCUGUGGGACGUGGCGCCCGUGCAGGCGGCGGCGGCGAGGACCGGCAAGACGCGCGCGCAGGUGCUGCUCCGCUGGGCGACGAAGCGUGGCAUCGCCGUCAUCCCCAAGUCCAACAACGCCGGCCGCCUCGCGCAAAACCUCGUCGUCACCGGCUUCGACCUGACGCAAGCUGAGAUCGACGCCAUCAGCGCCCUGGACAAGGGCCUGCGCUUCAACGACCCCGGCUUCUACCUGGCGGAGCCUAUCGCUCUGUUCGCGUGA